AAUGCCAGAAGAGGAGCACGGGAACAGUUCUGAAGAGGAGGAAGAAGAAGACGAGCCUGUACCCGUUCGUCAACAACAAGUUAGAAUGGUUGUUACGGAUGCUUCUAGUGGUUAUGGCCAAGAAUCAGCCACAGAUUCUCCCAUAGCUAAAACAGCCCCACAAGCAAUAGUCACAACAACAAGUACAACAACAAAAGUUGCUGGAAACGAAGAUGUCUCUGAAGCCCAGGAGGCUGCUAUUGAAGCGGCUCGUAAACGUCAUCAAGAGGCUAUCGAAAAAGCUAGAGCUGAGGCAAUAAAAAUGCAAGAAGAAGCGCGUGCUAGGGCAGAAGCUGCACGUCAACAGCAACAACAACAAUUUCAGGAACAACAAAAAUUGGCGACGGAAGAGCAACGUCAGCAACAAAUAAAAGCUCAACAAGAAGCUGCUAAGCUUCAGGCUGAACAACGUGCUGCUCAAUUAAAGGCACAACAAGAGGCUCAAAAAGCAGCUGCUGUUCAACAACAACAAGUUCAACAACAACCACAACAACAAAAAGUUUUAACUCCACAACAACAACAAAGGCCUGCCCCUCCAACCCCCACAACUCCUAAACCGGCUGUUCAAACUCCUCCUGCACAAUCUAAACCAGCCCCAGCACAACCUAAAGCAGCUGCUCCAGCUCCACCAAAAGCUGCUGCCCCACAGCCAAAAUCCCCGGCCCCGGCUCAACCAGCUAAAGCUCCAAUUCAGCCAAAACCUGUCCAACCUCCAACAAAAACACCAAUUCAACCCAAGGCAGCCCCACCCCCAACAUCGCCUACCAAAGCUCCAAUAGCUUCGAAUAAUCCAUCACGUCAAGCCCCUCCUUUGGCUAAAGAGCCAGAACCUUUAGAACCACCAAAGCCCAUUUUGACACACGCACCUUUUCAACCAAAAAAUCCAAAAGCAGAAAACCAUUCUUGGCCGCCUCCUCAAGAAGAAGAAGAUUUAAGUAUUGAGGGGGGAAAAAGAAACAAAAUUUUGGAUGACAAUUCUUGGCAAGUACAGAAACGAAUUCAAUUAGAAUAUCAACCUAUUCAGCCAACAAAAAUUCAACCUCCAGAAUUGGAUUAUGAAGGGGAAAUUAAGGCAUAUUUUUUAUUUUUUAUUUUAUUUUCUUCUAAAUUUAUUUUAAAGAGAACAAUAGUUCCCCAACCUGCUGGUUAUUCUAAAAUACAGUGGAAUGAAUUUCCUGAAGAGGAACAAAAGGAAAAGCAAUCAGUCCCGCGAGUAAAAGCUCAGGAUUGGGUACCUGAAAACGAUUCUGAACAUCCAGUAUUAAAAACAAUAUAUCAACCAGGAAGGAUUGCUCCAAAUCCAACAUCUGGCCGUUUAUGGCCCCCUCCAGGUUAUGGAGAAGAAGAAGAAAUUGAAAUUGGGCAUGCCAACAAAGUAAAAACAAUGGGGGAUGAUGACUGGAAACAAGGGGAAGGGGAACAAUUACAAAAUGGAGAAGAGAAUAGUGUUGGGAAUGCCCCUUGGAGUAGACAAGCUGCUGGGGGAAAUGUUAAAAAUGUGCAGUGGCCUCCUCCUGAGAAUCAAUUGGAACAUGGAGAAUUUGGUAGAGGAAAAUUAAAUGUACAAUGGCCUCCUUCUGAAUUUGAAGAACAAGAACAAAAACAGGUAAAAAUAAAAAGAAUGAGAGUACAGUAA